GAACAGCCCCAUGCCGAGCCCUGUGGCUGGUUUUGGGUGCAUCAAUGACCAAACCCCUGAUCGACUAUCCAGUCACCGUCGCAGGCCGCUCAGUCCAACAGCACAGCAGAAACGAGCAGAGCAGAGGAGGAGAGAGAUCCUGCUUCUGGGCCCGGUAGUGUUGGACUCUCCAGAGGAGGACGAGGGUUGUGAUGAGGAAGGACAGGGCAAUGAGAUGGAGGAAUUUGAGGCAGAGCAGCAGGGGGAGGCUCCAGAGGCCGAGCAAAACGGUGCCAUGGGAGGUUCGUCCUCGAGGAGCUCUAGCGGGGUGACGGGGAGCCUGGGAGACAGAGACUGUGUGUCCCCAGAGUCCAGUCAGUCCAGUCACCAGAGCAACGAGACCGGGGCCGCCACCUCAGGAAUACAGACGGACAGUGGCUGUGCAUUGCCUGUGCCCUCGCUCCAUUGUCAGAGGAUCGCUCGUGCCAAGUGGGAGUUUUUAUUUGGGACCCCUGCUGAGGAGGCUGCUAGCAGGGGAGAGAAAAAUUCUCUGGAAGCCUCUACAGCUCCUCCCAGUGGUAACUCCAGCGAGUCCCCAACGCCGACUCCCCCUUCCUCCCUCCCUCUGCUUUCUGCCAAUCACAACGUACAACAAGUUGAGGUAGAGCUUGUGACCCCUCCUCCAGCUCACAUUGGAACAUCCCCCAAAACUGGCAUUAUUCGCCGGACCUUAAAGUACUCAGAAACUGACCUGGACGCAGUUCCUCUUCGCUGCUACAGAGAGACGGACAUAGACGAGGUGCUGCUGGCAGAGCUGGACGAUGCCGACUCUGCGUUUGGGAGUAACCGCAGCGUCCAGGGCACCUCGGGUACUGGCAGCAGCCCACUGGGGGGUCUGGCUUAUGGUAGGACAGAUGGGGAGGUCAUGGAGAAAAGAAGGGGAGAAGGGGAGGAGGAUGAGGAUGAAGAGGAGGAGGAUGAGGAGGAAGAAGAAGAGGAAGAAAUGGUGAGCUGGGCCAGUGUGAGAAUGCAAGGAGACAGCAGGAAGCAGCGGUAUGCAGCUCAGGAGGACCCAGACGUGUUUGGUCACCUUAUGAAGAGACCAAUGGCAACAUUUUUUGACAACCACCACCCGGCUCUGAAAUCCCCAAUCUUGGUGUCCGGCCCUCGCUGUGCUGCAGAGGACACCUUCAGCCGCCACUUUGAGAGCAUCAUGGAGUCUCACCGAGCUAAAGGCACAUCGUACAACAGCCUGGACAGCGAAGAGCUGCUUACCUCGAGUACCCAAACCGUCCUGACCUUUGACCUGCCCACAUUAACUCCUGCCAUCCAUGGGCCGGUCUGCCAGAGCGCCAGGCAAAUCGUCCAGCUUAGUUUCGCCCCUCUGGCGCACGAUGAGAGACCAAGUAUCUCAGAUUCUAUCUUUACCAUGACUGGGGACUCGGAUGCCACCAGAGCCCCGUCCAGCGAGAGGCUGAGCAGCGGUUCGGACGAUACACCACCCAAAGGAAGAGCGUAUUCACAGCUUGGGAGCAGCUGGUACAGCAACCCUUCUUUCUCAUUACCAAGCAGGGACAAGGCCCGCCUGGCCACAGAUUCAGAGCUGGACCAGGACCUCAGUGAGCGGCUGGGUCUGGGCAGCAGUGAGACCCUGACCAAUGGCAGCCACCGUGCCGACGUGGCAGCCGCCAGACGCCUGGCCAAACGUCUCUUCAACUUGGACGGCUUCAGGAAGUCCGACGUGGCGCGGCACCUCAGCAAGAAUAAUGACUUCAGCCGAAUGGUUGCAGAAGAGUAUCUGAGUUUCUUCAACUUUGCGGGCCUCGCUCUUGACCAGGCAUUGCGGACUUUCCUCCGGCAGUUUGCCCUGAUGGGGGAGACUCAGGAGAGGGAGAGGGUGCUGUCACACUUUUCUAAGCGUUAUUUGGACUGCAACCCAAAAGUUAUACCAUCAGAGGAUGCGGUUCACACUCUCACCUGUGCCGUCAUGCUGCUGAACACUGAUCUACAUGGUCAGAACAUCGGUAAAAGGAUGUCAUGCACGCAGUUCAUCUGCAACCUGGAGGGACUGAACGAUGGCCAAGAUUUUCACAAGGAUCUGCUUAAAGCUCUCUACAACUCAAUCAAGAAUCAGAAACUGCAAUGGACACUCGACGAGGAAGAGCUGCGGAAGUCGUUCUCGGAGCUCGGGGACAGCCUGUGUGACUCCACCGCCUCCAGAUCGCUGAAGGCAGAGGGCAGCAGUGGGAAGCCCCCGACAGACGAGGCGCAGCAGUCCGGGUCGCUGCUCUACAAGAACGGGUUCCUCGUCCGCAAAGUGCACGCAGACUCAGACGGCAAGAGAACACCAAGAGGGAAGAGAGGCUGGAAGACCUUCUAUACCAUCCUAAAAGGGCUCAUUCUCUACCUGCAAAAAGGGGAGUACAGGCCUGACAAACAGCUAUCAGAGGAGGACCUGAAGAACGCUGUGUCCAUCCACCACUCUCUGGCCAUGAAGGCUUCAGACUACAGCAAGAGGCCCAACGUCUUCUACCUGCGCACCGCCGACUGGAGGGUGUAUCUCUUCCAGGCACCGAACGCGGAGCAGAUGCAGUCUUGGAUCACAAGGAUCAACACGGUGGCCGCCAUGUACUCAGCUCCUCCUUUCCCAGCAGCCAUCGGCUCCCAGAAGAAGUUCAGCCGGCCGCUGCUGCCUGGGACAAUGUCAAAGCAGUCAGAGGAGGAGCAGGUCAGAUCCCACGAAAACCGGUUCAGAGCCCUGUCAACUGAACUGACUGAGCUGCGAUCUUACCCCCCCGACCGCAAGGUCAAAGGGCGCGAACUGGAAGAGUACAGGCAGCGGGACGAGUACCUGGAGUUUGAGAAAACUCGGUAUGGGACGUACGUCAUGCUGCUGCGAGCUAAGAUCCGGAGCGGCGAGGAGGACCUGUCUGUGUUCGAGGCCCAGCUGCUGGAAGACAACAGUCUGCAGAGGGCUCACUCCAGCCCCACGCUGCAGGACAGCAGCCAGGCCAGCCAGGUGAGCCAGGCCAGCAGCACCCGGGACGGGGGCAACAGCAGCAAGGCCAGCGGCUGCAGCGGCAAGCUGCGGCAGGAGGGCCAGAGACACAGCUACCGGCAGGCCGUCAAGAAGUGAGGCGGGGCGGGGGCGCCGGGAGCGGCACAGCGUUGCACUGCCAGCGGCAGGCCGUCUCCCUGCAUAGGUUUUUAUUUGAGAUCCAGGAGGGUUUGGAGCUCUGCUUGAAGGGGGAGCAGGAGUGAAGUUCUCCACCCCACUCCCUUCCCCCUAAACCAUGACGCCCUACCCGGCACCCCAAUGUUCUCGUGGAACUGAGGAGGUGCAGAUCCUGUGACUGGAAGAGGAGCACCAGCAGGGGUGUGGGUGCAGGAGGUGGGAGGUCACACACUACAGUGACGAUGUGUCUGUGGGUGCGGCGGCAGACUGAACGGGAGAAGGAGAAGUGCUCAUAAGGAACACACGGGGACGUACAUCCAGCUUCUUCUUUCUCCUCUUUUGUUCUUUCACCUCUCGGGCCACUUCCUUCCACCUUUUUCUCUUGACUUUUCACUCAGUUUUGGGACCAAACUAUUAAAAACAUCACAUUUUAAGACGACUGAUUUUCAGUUGUCCUGCUGCAGCCGCUCUAAUACCGCUGUAACAGUCACUGGACUUGUAACGCAUCACCAGGUCUUAUGGAGCCAUUCACAUUCCAGCUCCUUGUUUUUUGCCACAUCACCACGGUGUGUUCACAUUCCGCACAUAGGCUGGACAUUACAGCUUUUAGCUUCUAUCUCACUGAAGGUGGAUCUACACACUGUGCACAACACACAGCGAUGGAGUGUCGAGGGCGAUUAGACGCUGCAGCUCGGCUUUCUCUGGUCACUGACGGCUAAAUAGAUGUCAGCAGAACUUCACACCUGAUAUGCAGCAACUGCAUCUCAUCUAGGUCUUUUUCUUUUGCUCUACUUGAACAGGAGAUCUCUUUCCAAGUUGCUUUGGCUUCUGUCCCGUGGUGUGCUUCUGUUCUCUUUCUAUUUCUUGGCCGAAUGUUGUUUUCCCCAGUGAUCCGCAUGCCUGCAUCCAGCACUGCUUCUUUUAAGCCUUUUACUACUUCAAGGGCAAAAACUGAGAGCAGCAAAAGUUGUUCUCUGGGGUCAUUUAAGUCCUUUUUUCUUCAUACCCAACAUGUGUUAUCUCCGUAAUAGCCUCUCAUUUAUAAUAGCCUAUUUUAACACUCACCAGGCAGACACUGAAUGUUCUUGUUUUUUCAAUAUUUUUACAGUAUUUUACAGUCGUUUGUUGAUGUUGAACCUAUUCCUCAUGUGUAUGUCAAGUGUAUGAUGAACUAUGAUAUUGAAAAUGUUAAAGGAAAAAUAUGUUAUCCAUGCUCUUUGUAAAACAUCCAGGAUGUGUUGUAUAUAUAGCAGCUUAUAUUGUAUGAUAUAUGACGGUAUAUUUACAAUAUAUUCAAAUACACUAUUGCGAAGAUGCGUUUGGUGGGCCGCACUUCACGCGUCUUCUUGUAAGUCCUGAAAGCGCUACACGAUAAUCAUGUGUUGUUGUUUUUUUCUUACAUGGUGGUAAUAAUUCAGCACAAUAUGAGUAUUAUAGUGACGCCUAUGUACCUAUCAAACAUUAGUAAACGAUCAAAAGGGUUUUUGUGACGGGAUUACAAAAAAGAAAAAUGAAUUCACGUGUGGAUUUCAGGUGGCAGUAAUCCAAAGAACGCGCAUGGUUGGCUAUGACUUAAUAGCAUGAUUUUAAAGGGAUCAGGGUAAGAGAUGCAUGAAAAAGGUAGAGAAUGUACAAAAAAAAAAAGGAAGGAACUCUUCAUUUAGUAGGGUGUUGGCAGCCUAUGGUGUUUUGGUAGCCAUAAACGCCUCCAUAGCCAUUUUCUACUCAGGCUUUAGAACGACACCUUGAGCAGCUGCAGUGCCGGCAUCCGACCAGCAGGGGGAGCUGUUCACGUUUUUUUCAGCCAUAAACACACCUGCUGCACCUGCAGUGAAUAUGCAUGAUAUACACCACUCACCUAAUGGGUGGGGUUGGGUAUUGCAGGGCUAAAUGACACAACACCUGUUUGUAUAACUGUAGAGUCAGUGUGUGUUUGAGUGUGUCUCGCUGUGGAUGUUAGCGUGAGCAUGCUGGAGCCUGUUUGUUGCUUCUUUCAUCCGCCAUCAGUUCCCAUGUUGUUAACUCUGAAUGUGAAUUAGUUUUCCAUGAUCUAAUAUUCAGGCUUAGAAUUAGCCAAGUGUUUUGCCUGCAGUUUGAGCGCUGAAUUCAUUAGUUAAAUGACACAAAAAUAAUCGGCAACUCUUUUCAUCCGUGUAAUUUUUCAUAAAGAGUGCCAAACAUUUCUCAGUUAUUGCAACUUAAUUAUGAGUUUCUUCAUCUUUUCUUUAUCUUUUCUGACAGGGAAGGUGUUGACAAAAGCCGGUAUUUCAGUUCCUUUCGGUUUUCGCUUUGUCUCCCUCCUAAACAUUUAAUUGGUUGUGAAAAUAAUUUACCAUCUACAUUUCAUUUUAUGCUUUUAUUCUCUUUCCUCAAAUCAUCUCACUGAUCUUACUUCGAUGGUUUAAAAAAAGGUGUAUGUGUAUAUUGUUGCCAUAGCUGACAUCUUGUACCUUUCAGCAGUUAUGUAACGUGCUAUUACAGCUUUGUGUUUAUUAAUAGCGUCUGCUUUUUAUAAUGUGGCCAAUCUGUGGAAGAGCAAUCGGACUCAUGUUGAGUGCCAUUCAUGGUGUUCUGAGGGGAAGGGUGAUGAGUUUUGAUUCAUUCAGUUACAUCACAUAAAUACCACCAUUUCAAGCUUUUAAAGGCACUUCUCACAUUUCAUUCUAGAUCACAUGAUCUACAUAAGCACACAAUGUCAAACAAGUUCUGGUUCCGUCUUCUCAAUGGUAAAGAUUUGCUGUUUUAUUUAACAGUUACUCCAAUUACUUUUUUGGAGUUUUGUUAAAAAAUGAUGUCACGUUAGGCUGUCAGAAGUUACAUUUCCUUACCCUUAUUUUUAUUUACGCAAACUAAGCAUAUAAUUGCAAAAAUAAUCAGCCGAUUAGGGGAGACACUACAGGUAAAUAGAGUAAAUUCAUUGGAUAUAACCUGGAUUACUUAAGUGUUUUUCCAAUCUUUCAGUCAGAUUUUGCUUUUUUAAUGGCCAGUAGUAGACUACAGUACAUUAAGACCAGACUAAGCCUGAGUUUUGCCAUUAUUCAAAUUUAAGAUGAAGCUAAAGACGCAAACAUAUAUUAAUGUGUAUUUUGAAUGAUUUCUUUCCACUACUCUGAAAGGAUCACAUUGUGCCUGCAGUGUCUCGCCUUAGUCAACAAGAAAAAAAAACCUGAAAGAGUGGUCUUAAAAUGUUAAGAAUGGAUUUUAGAUCAUUCAACUGAAAAAUACCUAAAUGUAAACAUCUCAAAAGCAUAUAUGGUAGUGAAAAUACAUUAUUUACCCAAUCUGUAACUAGAGACUGAUGCAAGAAGAUGCAAAAUAUCUUAUGGUUCUAUUCUAGGAUCAGGCUGUAUACUCUCCAUGCAGUGGGGAUGGAUGUUGUAUGAAAGGAGCCUCCACCUUGACAACUCUCCAAGGUCCUCCUCUCCUCCUUCCCAACUCCCCCCCCCCCCCCCCCCCCCUCUCCUCCUGCCAUGUGUUGUCACCGCUGACUUACAUCAAAGAGCAGCUGCAGGAUCUCCAUGGCGCUGGUUAGCAUGGAGAUGGCUGGUUCCCCUGGUGACGGCUCUGUGAUGCUCUAGUGAAAGUCACCCUGUUGAAGUGCGUUCACCGCGUACAGUACCUCUGUUACAGCAGCAGCGCAUGCCUGCAGCUGUCCUUUAAAAAGCAUUCAUUUCUGCUCAUGAACGCCUCAUCUCUGAAUGUAAAUAAAGCAUGAGAUAUUAUGGCCUGUUUUCAUUUAUAUUAUGGUUAGAGUAUUAAAUGAAGGGUUAAUAUUUAAGGUAGGUCAACAUAUUCUUUUCCUGUCCUACAGCUCAUGGUCAUUUUUGUUUUGUUCAUUUCUUUCAAUGUGAAUGAAGGAAAUGGCUAUAUUUAAUGCUGUUGUAUGCUGUUGUGUUUUAGAGAGCCAGCUCAUACAAAUGUUUUUACAUGUAGAGGUCUGAUCUGAUCCAUCUCAGUGUUUUUUAGACUGGUGCAGGUAAGGCGAUGUUCAUUUAAUGCUACACAUAGAGUGAGCUACAUGUAUCACUGCCUUGUUUAAACUCACCAAGGAUAUGUUGUUUGUUAGCCUCCCAUUUUGGGAGGCAUAGAAGAGGAAAAUUAAAGUGUUUUGAAAGGUU